AUGCGCGCAGCGGGUGCUGGACCCGCGGCGGCGGCGGCGGCGCCCGCGCGCGCGCGCGCCCGCGCGCGCCUCCCACCGCGCCCGCGCGCCCGCCCGCGCGCGCGGCGGCGCCUCCGCGUCGCGCGCGCGUCGCUCGAUCCGAGCGCGCUGUCCCAGAUGCUCUCAUCGUCAGACGUCGACGCGGCGGCGACGGCGACGAAUGCGGCGGCGGCGUCCGUCCACCAUCACGCCGCCGUCCUCCUCCCGCCGUCGACGCCGCCGCCGCUCGACGACCGCGCUGUUCUCGACGUCCAGCAGCUCGCGCGCGCGCUCCGCGACGCGAUCGUGGACCAGCACACGGUGUGGUGGGCGAUCGCGUCGCCGCUCUUCGCGCUUUCAGUGGCGCCGUACCUCGCGUUUCUGAAUCGCGUCUGGGCGGCGCCGACGGCGACGGAUGAGAUGAAGGCGUCGUUCGCGACGCUGCUGCUGUUCGUCGUCGCGUCCAUACCCGCGGAGGCGUACACGAGGGAGACGUACGGCGUCGUGCUGUCGAACAUCGACGCGCUGCACUUUCUGAUACAGGCGGCGAUAUCGUUGACGAAUCUGAGAAUCAUGCUCGCGUUUCGAGACGGGCUGCGGAGCGGGCCGCCGCCGAAAACGCCUCCGCUCGCGGUGGGUGCCGACUCGAUGGCGGCGGGUGCCGACGCUAUCGUCGCGAUGAACUCCACCGAGGACGCGAGCCGGGGCCGCGACGGUUCGAACGCCGCCGAAGAGAGGGACUGGGACGGCGAAGGCUUCGACGGCGCCGCCGUCGGCGCGGCGUUCCGAUCGAUGGACUGGGGCGGCGGCGGCGACGGCGGCCUCGGGCGCGCCGCGUCGUCGCCGAUCGUAGUAACCGUCACCACGGAGCAGUUACGACCUGGGAUUCUCGUCGAAGCCGCCGCGGGGAUCGGCCUCGUGGGGACGUUCGCGCUCAUGGCGUUGGACUCGCGGUUGAUCCCGGAUCCCGCGUUCGACGGAUCCGCGAUCGACGCCGCCGCGCUCGCGAGCUUUCGCGACGCCGCCGACGCCGUCUCGCGCGCGCUCUCGCCGUCGUGGCUCCCGCCCGCGCCGGCGAACGCGCUGAGCGUGCCCACGUGGGGCGUGCACGUGUUUUCGCUCGUGGAGUGGCUCGUCGCGAUGGGGCUCGUGUGGGACUACGCCGACGUCAGCGGCGAGCCGGGGUGGAGGAAGCUCACGUGGGGGAUGUUGCCGUUGCACGCGAGCGGCGUGUGCGCGGUUACGCAGCACUUCUUCUUCAACGGCGACGACCUCGAGUGGCUCGUCGCCGCGCAGGGCGCGCUGACGAUGAUCGGGAACGCGGGGAUGUGUUACGCCGCGGUGGAACUGAGCGGCGGCGGCGGCGGCGGCGGCGGCGAGCGUCGGACGCCGGCGGCGGCGGCGGCGGCGGCGGCGACGUCGACGUCGAAAUCGGCGUCGUGGUACGACUUCGACGUCGAAAACUUCGCGACGGUGUGGAAGGACGACUCCGACGCGACGUUCGCGGCGAAGAUCGCGCUGCUGUCCCUCGUCGUCGCCGUCGUCGCGCGCGACGCCUCGCUCGCGUGCGGUCCCGCGUUCGACGUGAACGACGGCGGCGAUUUGGUGUGGGCGCGCGCCGCCGUCGCCGCGGCGAUGGUGUGCGCGCCGGCGUGUUUGAACGUCGCGAAGUGGGACGGACGCGGGAGGGCGCUCUCCCGCGGGGUGGACGUGGACGUGGACGUGGACGUGGACGUCGACGUCGUAGGGUUAGGGGGGUUAGGGUUUUUAGGGGGGGUAAAGGUGGGGGAGACGGAGAAGGACGCGGAGAAGACGGAGAAGGCGGAGAGGGAGGAGAUGAAAGCGCCGAGGUGA